AUGACUAAAGAACAAUCAAAUAAUGAUUCAAAGAACUCCGUUAUCGUUGAAGAAGACGGUGGUGCUCAAUUUCAAUCGUAUUUGAACAACGAUGGUAUUGAUGAAUUGACUCCGCUGGUUAGAAAACACAGAGUUUCAUCCUUAUCAUUGUCUGAUUUAAACCAAUGGCAAACUGGGUUAACUAAAUUGUCUUCCUCAACUUCACUUUCCAAGAAAAACUCAUCAUCAGCAAACUUGAAAAAAGUGGAUUCAUUGGCUAAAUUAUCAAGAAACGCAUCAAUAAUCAAACGUAAGAAGAAGGAAAUCAUUGACCAUGAGCGUGUUGCUUCAUAUGCCUUUUGUUUUGAUAUUGAUGGGGUCAUAUUGAGAGGUCCAGAUACCAUUCCUCAAGCAGUGGAAGCAAUGAAACUUUUAAAUGGUGAAAACAAGUAUCAUAUUAAGGUGCCUUCGAUAUUUGUCACUAAUGGUGGAGGAAAACCAGAACAACAGCGUGCUGAUGAUUUAUCCAAGAGGUUAAACUGCACAAUUACCAAAGAACAAAUCAUUCAAGGGCAUACACCAAUGAAGGAUUUAGUUGAUGUCUAUAAAAAUGUGUUGGUUGUUGGUGGUGUUGGUAAUGUGUGUCGUAACGUUGCUGAAUCUUAUGGGUUCAAAAAUGUUUUCACACCAUUAGAUAUUAUGAAAUGGAACCCUGCAGUCUCUCCUUAUCAUGAUUUAACUGAAGAAGAGAGAGUGUGUACCAGAGAUGUUGAUUUCAGCAAGAUUCCAAUUGAUGCAAUUAUGGUGUUUGCUGAUUCAAGAAAUUGGGCUGCUGAUCAACAAAUUAUUUUGGAAUUGUUAUUAUCAGUGAAUGGGGUGAUGGGUACUCAAUCAAAGACUUUUGAUGAAGGUCCACAAAUUUAUUUUGCCCAUUCCGAUUUCAUUUGGGCUACCAAUUAUAAUUUGUCAAGAUAUGGUAUGGGUGCAUUGCAAGUUUCAAUUGCUGCAUUAUACCGCGAACACACUGGUAAAGAAUUGAAAGUGAACCGUUUCGGGAAACCACAAAAGGGUACAUUUAAGUUUGCUAAUAAAGUGUUGAGUCAUUGGAGAAAAGGGGUUUUGGAUGAACAUUUGAAGAAAUUAUCCGUCAACGAUCCAAAUGCCAAUGACGCCGAUAUUUUGAUCAAUGAAGAUGGAGAAGAAAUUAUUAAUCAAUCUAAAUUGGAAAAUUACAAUUGGUCAGACAGUGAGGAUGAAGAAGACCAAGAAGAUGAAGAAGGUAAUGGAUGUUCUACCACAAAUACGGCUCUAAAAAAUGUCAGUAAAAUCGCUGACGUUGGGAAGCCAGAUAAGAUUACUUUGGAAUUACCACCAGCUUCCACAGUUUAUUUUGUUGGUGAUACCCCAGAAUCCGAUAUCAGAUUUGCUAAUUCCCAUGAUGCAUCUUGGCAUUCAAUUUUAGUUAAAACUGGUGUUUAUCAAGAGGGAACUGAACCAAAAUAUAAACCUAAACAUUUGUGUAAUGACGUUUUGGAAGCAGUCAAAUAUGCCAUUGAAAGAGAGCAUGCGAAAGAAUUGGCCGAAUGGAAUGAAACUGCACAAGAUGCUAAUGACGACGAUAAAGGUUCGAGAUUAAACUUUGCUGAUUUGGUUAUGACACCAAGCGAAAAGAAGGAAAGUGAUAAAAACGGAAAGAAACCUGCAUCUGCUGUCUCUACUUCUAAAUCAAGUAUAGCAGAAGCAGAAGAAGUCGAAGUGCCUGAUAUUUUAGCUGCUCAAAUAGAAAAACUUAAAGAUGUUAGUGUUUCCAAAUAA